AUGGGUCCAGACGACACCGCCGAACAGGUCCCCGACGACCAAAACCGAUACCACCCAUCGGAACCCGGUCCAGCUCUCAAAAAACGACGCCGUAAAAGGAAGCAAUUCCCGGAGAUGAUCUCGUCCGCCGCGGCCGUAAACGGCCUCCGUGUCCUCCGCCCGCACACAAAACCCGCCACCACCUACAGUGAAACGGAUGACUUGACCGACGACGAUCCAUCUGUAAUCUCCAAACACCACCGCCGCCGCAGCGGCAAAAUCUCUGAUCUAGCCAAAGAAGUCGACAUUGAAGCCCUAAUCGCCAUCUCCGUCGGAUUUCCUAUCGAUUCUCUCACUGAAGAAGAAAUCGAAGCUAACGUUGUGUCUCAAAUUGGCGGUAUCGAACAAUCCAACUACAUCGUUGUUCGCAACCACAUUCUCGCCCGCUGGCGGUCGAACGUCUCGAUCUGGCUCACCAAAGACCACGCCUUGGAAUCAAUUCGAGUCGAGCACCGAACCUUGGUAAAUUCAGCCUAUUCCUUCUUGAUCAACCACGGUUACAUCAAUUUCGGCCUCGCUCCGGCCGUCAAAGAAGCCAAAUUACGCCCCAUUGACAGCAUUGCAAGAGGGGAUGUCAUCGUAAUCGGCGCCGGACUUUCGGGUCUGGUGGCUGCUCGGCAAUUGAUUUUUAUGGGGUUUAAGGUUGUAGUACUCGAAGGUCGAACACGGCCCGGCGGCAGAGUCCACACGAAGAAAAUGAGCGGUGGUGAUAACGGUGUUGUGGCUGCCGCCGAUUUGGGUGGGAGUGUUCUCACCGGAAUCAAUGGUAAUCCGCUCGGGGUUCUAGCGAGACAAUUAGGGUUUCCGCUUCAUAAGGUGAGAGACAUUUGCCCUCUUUAUUUGCCUAAUGGUAAGACUGUUAAUUCGGAAAUCGAUUCAAAUGUUGAGGUCUCAUUUAAUAAAUUGUUAGAUAGGGUUUGUAAGCUUAGGCAGGCAAUGAUGGAACAAGUGAAAUCGGUGGAUGUUUCGUUGGGGACGGCGUUAGAGGCGUUUAGGAGAGUAUAUAAGGUUGCUGAGGAUCCAUUAGAGAGGAUGUUGUUGGAUUGGCAUUUGGCAAAUUUGGAGUAUGCCAAUGCAACGUUGAUGUCCAAUCUGUCGAUGGCAUUUUGGGAUCAGGAUGAUCCCUAUGAGAUGGGUGGAGAUCAUUGUUUCAUUCCGGGAGGGAAUGAAAGAUUUGUCCGGGCAUUGGCCGAGGAUUUGCCAAUUUUUUAUGACCGGAAGGUAGAGAGUAUUAGGUAUGGGAUUGAUGGGGUUUUGGUGUAUGCCGGUGGGCAAGAGUAUCAUGCAGAUAUGGUGCUUUGUACGGUAUCAUUGGGGGUGCUGAAGAAGGGAGUGAUUGAGUUCGUUCCAGAACUUCCUAAACGAAAGAAAGAUGCAAUCGAGAGAUUAGGUUUUGGGUUGUUGAAUAAGGUUGCAAUGUUAUUUCCGUAUGAUUUUUGGGGUGGGGAGAUUGAUACCUUCGGGCAUUUGACAGAGGACCCGAGUAUGAGAGGCGAAUUCUUUUUGUUUUAUAGUUAUUCUUCAGUGUCAGGAGGACCACUUCUUGUAGCUCUUGUUGCUGGAGAUGCUGCGAUUAAAUUUGAAAAGAUGUCUCCAGUAGAAUCUUUGGAGAGGGUUAUGGAAAUUUUGAAGGGUAUUUUUAGUCCGAAAGGGAUUGCUGUUCCAGAUCCACUACAGGCAGUUUGUACUCGUUGGGGACAAGAUCAAUAUACUUAUGGGUCUUACUCCUAUGUUGCAAUAGGUGCUUCAGGAGAUGAUUACGAUAUCCUGGCAGAGAGUGUUGGAGACACAGUUUUCUUUGCUGGAGAAGCAACUAACAAACAGUACCCGGCAACAAUGCACGGAGCUUUUCUCAGUGGGAUGAGGGAGGCUGCUAAUAUACUGAGAGUUGCUAAGAGGUCACCAGUUCUUGCUGAAAAAACAAACUGCCUUAAUGAAGAAAGCGAUGAUGUAGAUAGAUUAUUUGAGACCCCUGAUCUUGCAUUCGGUAGCUUCUCUGUUCUGUAUGAUCCCAGGUUGAAUGAUCUUGAAUCUAAUUCUUUAUUGCGAGUUGCAUUCAAAUGUGAGCAAUUAGACUGCAGCUGUCUGUAUCUUUACGGAUUGAUACAGAAGGGACAGGUGAUCAAACUCAGCUCAUUGGAUGGAGAUGUAAACAGGAUACAAAUGUUGAAUCGCGAUUUUCGAGUGAGGUUGGUUGGGAGAAAUAGUUUGUACUCUGCUGCAGAAUCUCUUAUCACCUGUAUUAAGUCCGCUAGAUCCUUCCUAACUUAG